AAGGGAACUUGAUCACCAGAAUCUCUGGGAAUGGAAACGGAAGGGAAAGUUGUGAGAUCAAGAUUCAAGAGGGUGUGUGUUUUCUGUGGAAGCAGUACUGGCAAGAGGAAAUGUUACAGAGAUGCCGCUGUUGAAUUAGCCCAAGAAUUGGUGGCAAGAAGAUUAGACCUUGUUUAUGGUGGAGGGAGUAUUGGGUUGAUGGGUUUGGUUUCACAAGCUGUUCAUCAUGCCGGAGGGAAUGUUCUUGGGAUCAUUCCUGUAACUCUAAUGAGCAAAGAGAUAACUGGUGAAACGGUUGGGGAAGUGAGACCAGUAGCCAACAUGCACCAAAGAAAGGCAGAAAUGGCCCGCCACUCUGAUUGUUUUAUUGCCCUACCAGGUGGAUAUGGAACCUUGGAGGAGUUACUGGAAGUGAUAACAUGGGCACAGCUGGGUAUCCAUGACAAGCCUGUGGGGUUGCUUAAUGUCGAUGGAUAUUAUAAUUACCUACUGACUUUCAUCGACAAAGCCGUGGAUGAUGGCUUUAUCAGGCCAUGCCAACGCCACAUCAUUGUCUCUGCACCAAAUGCAAAAGAACUGGUCCAGAAGCUCGAGGAGUACGUGCCUGUGCAUGAUGGAACCAUAGCCAAGGCAAGUUGGGAGGUUGAGCAGCAGCAAGUGCCGCAACAGGUGGGGUUCAAUGCCACUAGUUUGCAGACUCAGAUCGCUCUAUAGAUGACAGACAUGAAGGAAAUU